AUGUACAUGAAUCUUCAAGAUGUAGAAAUCCUUGACUGGAAGACAAAGAAACAGCUAUGCUUCCUAGAUAAGGUUGAAUCAAAUGCCACAAUUAGGGAAAUCAGAUUGUUGUUCCAUAAAUCAUAUCCUCAGUGGUAUCCAGCAAGGCAGUCGAUAAGGCUGGAUCCAAAAGGAAAGUCCCUGAGAGAUGAGGAAAUCCUGCAGCACCUCCCUGUUGGCACAACUGCUACCUUAUAUUUUAAAGAUUUAGGGCCACAGAUAGGAUGGACUAUGGUGUUUUUGAUAGAAUAUACAGGUCCAUUGUUCAUCUAUUUUCUGUUUUAUUUCCGCAUGCCUUUUGUCUAUGGCCUGGAUGAGAGGUUUACAUCAAGCCCACAUCCAGUAGUUAACUUGGCAUGUAUCUGCCAUUCUUUCCACUACAUCAAAAGGUUGAUUGAAACAGUAUUUGUUCAUCGGUUCUCCCAGGGGACUAUGCCACUGAGGAAUAUUGUGAAGAACUGCUUGUAUUACUGGGGAUUUGCUGCUUGGCUUGCUUAUUACAUCAAUCACCCUCUUUACACCCCUCCUUCCUACGGAAAAAAACAGAUAAAUUUUGCUGUGAUCAUGUUUCUGCUGUGUGAAGCUGGAAAUUUUUCUAUUCAUGUUGCCCUCAGUGACCUCCAGAGAGAUGGAUCCAGAACCCGUAAAAUACCAUAUCCAACAAAGAAUCCAUUCACAUGGCUAUUUUUCUUUGUAUCUUGUCCCAACUAUACGUAUGAGGUUGGGACAUGGAUCAGUUUCACUAUCAUGACUCAGUGUGUCCCAGUGGGGCUGUUCACCUUGCUUUGCUUCAUUCAGAUGACAAUCUGGGCAAAGGAUAAACAUUACACCUAUCUACGAGAAUUCAAGGACUAUCCAACUCUUCGAAUGCCAAUUAUUCCUUUUUUGUUGUAAGAAAAAAAGAUUAUCUGGAUUAUUGCAUGGAACUUCAAAAGAAAAGCUCAUGGGUUAUUUUCAUUCAAAAACCUCCUGUCAAAUAAGUGAAUUAAUUAGAUUAUUCUGAUGCAUGUUGAAUUGCUACUGCUUGGGGAAACCGUAUAGCUUAAAAGCUAUACUUCCUUACCCUCAAGAAUUCUGUAACUCAGGAGCACCUCUGAAAAAUCUGAUCUUGGUGCUUAGCUCAUAGUCAAAGACCCUUUUGAGGGAUCAGAGAUAUCGAGAAGCCUGUGCUGAAAUCAGCUCCAAAUUCAGCAGCAGCAGCAUUCAGCACGUGUGGGACCUAAGCCCGCUGGAAGGAGCACUUCGCAGCCUGCCACGGGAGAGCUCCUCGGAGCCAGCGGGCUCUGCCGGCCUAACAGAGCUGCACGUUCCGCUUGCGCGGCUCCAGGUGCCGCCUGCAGGCAGGUGCUUGGUGAGCAAGAGCAUUACCAAAGAGCACGAGUGGUUCUUGGAAUAAAGUCGGCAAUAUCUUAAAUAUCUAACUUAGAUAUUUAAUCCAUAAAAAUCCAUAAUUUGCCAAAUUAACAUAAAAUAAGAAGUAUUUGUGAAUGUACCAUCCUGAACUCUUUUUUAAUGUCUUCUCUAUCAGUAAAUUACAUACUAAUAAAUAGGUUUUAUAAGAUCUAAUCUACAUUUGAUUAGAUAUUUCAUGGCCUGUUUUCAUACAGCAAGUGCAUAUGACACUAAAGGAUAGAUAUUUCUCCCUAGCCUUUUAUGUCAGCAUUCUCUGAAUAUUUUUUAAUGCACUUUGUAAACACACUCAGUGACUGAUCGUCCCCAGAAUGCGAGCUCUCUUCCUAUUUUUAGAGCCAGGGAGAAAAUUCAGUUACAGUCUGGACUUCCUGUGUUUUCGUUUUAAUAAGAUGUUCAGUAGGACAUCAAAGGGCUUUGUAAAAGCAUAGUUAAAAAAAAAAAAACUAUUGCAAUCUAUCUGAAGAAUAUUUUACAGAAGCUGUUUUAGAAUAUGA